AUGGAGAUCCCUCUUAAACCUGCGAUCUUUAGCUACAAACUUCUUGAGAGCAGAGUUGCUGAUAGCUGUGAUGAAAAUGGUUGGAGACUGAGAGGUGCGCGCUCGCCUGCUGCAGAGACCCUCCAGAUUCAUCUCACGAGUAUACAUCUGCCGUCAUCCUCACAAACUGAGGAUGUAUUUUACUGGCUCGUUGAUGGGGAGAGCAUAGAUGACUUCUCUGCCUCUCGAACAUGGGAGGCGAUUAGAAACAGAGCUCCUGCAGUCACUUGGUCAAACAGUGUAUGGUUCAAAAUGGCAACUCCUCGACAUGCUUUCUUCAUGUGGAUCGCACAGAACGAUAGGAUGCCAACUAGAGUGAGGCUCGCAAGCUGGGGCCUUGGGGUUUCAUCAAACUGUUGCCUCUAUGACUCAGCGCCGGAGACCCGCGACCAUCUGCUCCUGCGUUGUGAUAUCAGUAAACAGGUUUGGGUUUUGAUUCUGAGUAGAUUGGGGUAUACUCACUCAUGCUUCAUCACUUGGACAUCUUUUAUUGAGUGGUUAUCUCUAAGGGAUUCCACUACUCCACUGAUACUUAAAAGAAUUGUUGCUCACGCAACUAUCUAUAGUAUCUGGGGGGAAAGGAACAAACGUCUGCAUGACGGAAUUUCGUCUACACCUCAAACUUUGUAUAAGCUCAUUGAUCGCCAUAUCAGAGAUACAAUCUUGGGGAAACAGCACAGCAAGAAGAGUUUUAAGAACCUUAUGCUUUCUUGGCUGAUGAAUGAUUAG